AUGGGGGAACUGGCCAAAGGCACAACACAGCUAACCCCUGUGGAGAGCCUCAGGGCUUGUGUGCUGAUAGAGGAGGCCCUCAAAAGGCUGGUCUUCCUGGGCAAGCUCAUUAGGGAGCAAAAGACGGAAAAACGCAGCCAUCUCACGGCUGCAAUGGGUGAUGACGUAAUCAGGCUUAUUGGCGAACAGCAGGAUCUUGAGAAAAUGCAUCAGCUACUGGUAAAAGACAAAGAGGAACUACAUGGAUUGCAAGACAGAGAGACACUCCGUGCGACUGAGAGGCAGUUACAGGAGGCUUCAGCUAAGCUCAAAGAGGCCAACAGGGACCUCUGCAGGAACCUUAGGCAAACUCCAGAUAUUCACGCCAACAUGUUAAAAUUGAAUCAUGAGAGGCAACGGGCUGAAGAUUGGCUUACGGAGACCCUGCACGAACUGAAGGCCUCUAACACUUUUAAAUGCCUCACUGACAACGUGGCUCAGGAGAAGCAUGCACAAGAGAGGCUCGCUGAAGCCCGUCGGAGGAACCGUGAGAUGUCGCAGGCGGUCCGUCUGCUGGAAUGUGAACUGAGAAAGGAAGAGGCUGAGUUUGCAGAGAGCCGCCGUGCGACCAGCAUAGAAGUGGCAGCUUUAAAGCAAGAGUUGCAGCGGCUAAAGUCUAAAGCUGGCGUAAAGCUGGCUUUUACGGAGGCAGCAAUGGUGGCCCAGCUUGAGGGCAAGCAAUGGCAACUUGUGCAAGAAGAGAAGAGGCUAGGAAAGGAAUUAGAAAUGCUGCAAAAAGAGGCUGACGAAGAAGCAUUUCUUCAAAGAGCGAAUGCUGAUUUUAGGAACAAGCUCAUUAGACAGCUACAGAACGAGAAGGAGGCUUACCAAUUGCUCCACGACAAAAUGAAUGCUGAAAAGCAGCAAGAGCUCACCACCCUCCUCGAGCGACGCAAGUCCUUGAGCAGAGCUCUCAGCGCGGCACAGUCUAGAAUGGAAGAAGAGAGACAGUGCAGAGAGGCGGCGGCUCAAGAACAGAAGGAGGCGUGGAUCUGUCUACAAAGGGAGCGCCAAAAGGAUCAGAAAGAAGAAGCAGCGCUUCUGCUGCAACAUUGCGCCCGGGCAUUCCUUAAAAGGGUCAAAGACGCAGAGGCAAAGGCUAAAGCAGCUAAGAAAAAACCCCGGGAAAGGAAGAAGCAGCACAAUAAUGAACAAUCAGCUUGGCGAAGAAGAGGUAGGCAGGACGAUGUAAAAGUGGAUCAGCCAGAAGCUGCUGAAGAAGAAAACGAAGCUUAG